AGACUUUGCAUUUCCCACGCUGUCUGCUAGUUGCCAACUUCUCAGAACCCGCGUAAAUAACAGUCAAAAUACAACCCCACCUUCUUCCAAUUUCCAAAUACUCCAUUUUUUCCACCACUUUCUGUAAUCAGAGAAAAUCAUGUACCGUUCAUCGAGUUCUUCACGGGUAUCUGAAGAGUUCUUUUUUAAUCCCAAAUCAACAAUUUCUACUGAAGCUGAAGAACUACCGACGUUUAAUCCCCAAUCUCACGUUGCUAAAAAGGAAAAAAAUCGCCUCAGAUCUGCUGAAAAUGCAAUCCAUCUUAUCCCUUUAAUAUUGCUGCUUUCUGCUAUUAUUUUGUGGGUUUUCUCUAGUCCUGCAGUUACUAUGAUGAAUAAAGCUGAUUCAAUUGUUGCCAGACACAACAUUGCUGUGAAUCAACCUGAAAUCCAUGAAGGCAGUUCAAAGAGAAGUUUCACAUCAAAGCUGGAGUCAGAGGACAUCGAUGCAACUGAUAAUUCCAUAGGUCAAGAAAAUAAUGAAUCUGAAGGAUGACAGAGUGAAGUUCCAUUGCUCAUCCAGAAAGACAUCAUCAAUUAUGGUUGAUACAUAUGUUAAAUUAGUGAACUGUAUACAACAUACAUAGGCAAUAUAACGUUAGCAGCUUUUGAGUAAAGUUCAAAAUUUUCCCAAAGCAACAAGUGUUAUAGUGAAAGGUUUUCCCUUUGGUACUCUACUGUUAGAUUGGUUGUAUGCUGAAAGCAUGUUUUGAAUUCUGAUACAGAAGCAUAAACACUUCUAUUAGCAAAUUCGUUGAAUCACAAAAGGGGAUA